AUGAUAUCUGAUGAAAAUUGUGAUAAAGAAAUGAUUACAGAUUCUGAUGUUCUCGUUAUCGGCUUCCAUCAUGUUGCAAUUGAUCGAUCAGCGUAUUCGAUUUUUUUAAAUGAUCUAUGCAAUACUUACAAUAGUAACAUGACGUGGUUAGACAAUGAAAAAUCAUUACAAUAUAUUGAUUAUGCUGUUCAUGAACGUCUCAUCGAUAUAACGUUAUCAUGUGAAUUUUGGCGUUUACAACUCGAAGGAUGUAACUUGAAACGUCGAUUAUCAUUACCAAUCGAUCAGCAUCGUUUAUCUAAUGAUCAACGAUCUGGUUUCGCUACUAUCGUGCAAAUCAAUUUCGACAAUAAAAUAUCCUCAUCAUUUCUUAAUUAUGCUUCUAUACAUCAUUUGACACUAGUUCAACUCGGAUUGGCUACAUUCUAUACAUUUUUAUUUAAGUUAACAUAUAGUCUAACUGAUUUAUGUAUUUCAUGCGUUAAUGCUAACCGACACAGACCUGAAUUACAGACUAUGAUUGGAAUGUUUGUUUCAAUAUUACCAUAUUGUAUGCAACUUGAUCCUUGUUGGUCAUUUGAUGAAGUUACUGAACAUGUACGAGAAAAAUGUUUAUCAAUUCUUGAACAUUCUCAUUAUCCACUUCAACAUAUUCUUCGUGAUUUUCAUCUUGAUCAAUCAACUGCUCCUUUUCUUCAAACAGUUUUUGAUUUCAUUAUUGAAUCUUCAGUUAACGAUCGGUUGACUUUUGAUUAUGUUAGCUUACAGUCAGUAUCAUUAAAACAGUCUUCGGAAGCGGCUAAAUUUGAUUUUAUGUUGAAAUUUGUUUACAAGCCAGUCUCAGAUGACAACAUAUUGUCAUGUAGUUUUAUUUGUUCACGUGAUCUAUUUGAAGAUACGACAGUAACAAAAAUGAUACAAAGAUUUCAAUAUCUUUUUGAACAACUUUUUUCAGCGAAUUUUAACGCUAAUCAGACUGAUUUAGUUAUUUCACCUAUUGCCAAACUUACUCUUAUCUUGCCAGAUGAAGUGAGUGAAAUACAACACGUAGUUUUUUACCGUCAAUCAAAUAUGACAAAUGAAGGUAUGUCUUUUUUCUAUUUAUCAUGUAUAUAUAAUACUUUUAUUGAUAUAGAUCAGUUAGAUGAGAACGACAUGUAUGAUAUGUAA